CUGAGCAACGAAUCCAGCAAAGAGAUGAUCCUCCUGAAAGAAAUGAAUUUGCUUCAGCGAGAUUGGCGAAUGUAGAGGUUGAAAUUGAACGCCUACAACAACAGCAUUUUAUAAUUAAAUAUAUAUUCGGAUGUAAUUUCUCUUGUCCGAUAGAAAAUACGCUAAAAAAAGGUGCACGUGUAUUGGAUGGAGGGUGUGGACCGGGAGCUUGGCUUCUUGAAAUGGCAACGUGCUACCAAAACUCUCAAUUUUUUGGUAUUGACUUUGAGUCACAUUUUCCCAGUCAAAUUAAGCCAUCAAAUGCAAACUUUUUUCGGUGCGAUUUGAUGCAGUUGGAAUUGCUAGAAUUCGAGGAAAACUCAUUUGAUAUGGUCCGAAUAUGUUUGAUGUUUCUUCUUAUAAGUAAAGAUUAUGCGAAAGUAAUCGAAAAAAUGUUAAGACUCUUAAAGCCGGGUGGUUAUUUUGAAAUAAUUGAAACAGAUGUUUCGCCCGCAACUUGUGGACCAAAUUUUCUACGCAUGUUAAAAACACUUGAAAAAGGAUUCUCAUGCGAAGGAUCGAUCGGUAAUGUCCAAACAAUUAUAGAAAAAUUAUUUAACGCCAAUGGACAAUUAAAAAAUGUUCAACGAUUAACAAAAAAAACAAAACUUGGUCCACCUGGCGGCCUUGCCGGAGAACUAUAUUUAGCCACACUUGAUGAUUUCUUUGGUGGCACUGUCGGACAUGUGAUGGGUAAACGAAUGGGGAUGACGUCAGAAGAGUAUGAAUUAAAGGAUCUCAACAUUGAACAUGGAUGUCGUCCGGCUACAUGGGACACAUCCGAAAUUCACGAUCGCGUCUAUAUCCGCAGGAUCCAAUCGAUUUCAAUAUUGGCCAUACUAGGUUCCUUGGCCCAAGACAUAACAAUCUUGGUUAUAGACUCUGGUCUGGGAAGGUCAACAUUAGCGUUAAUAAACAAUCCUGAUUGCCUAAGAAAAAUGUAUCGGUAUUACAAAUACCGUGCUCUGAAUGUGAUUGAAUAUUUCAGCAUCAAGUAA